AUGGCCGCCCCGCUGCUUUCUUCUCCGUCUUACGCUUCCGAAUGCACUUCUCCGGAACACCUCCACGCUAUUGUCGAUAUUGGCAGUAACGGUGUUCGUUUCUCGAUUACUACUCUUCAUCCUCUCACUGCUCGUAUUCUCCCAACUCUCUACACCGACCGGGCUCCCAUCUCCCUCUACGAUGCUCAGUAUCAGUAUUCCACGCUUUCUUCAACUCACAUAAAAUCUCCAAUCCCCGCUUCUACCAUAACAGCAAUAACCACCACCCUCCUCCGCUUCCGAACGAUCUGCAACGCCUACAAAGUCCCAGAAUCCCACAUAAAACUAAUAGCAACCGAAGCCACCCGUACCGCCCCAAACAGCCUUGAAUUCCGCCAAGCAAUCCAAGAUGCCGUCGGGUGGCCCGUCGAAAUGCUUCCGAAGUCCGAAGAAGGACGGAUCGGUGGCCUGGGAAUCGCAAGUAGCUUUGCAACCGUGGAAGGGUUGGUGAUGGAUUUGGGUGGUGGAUCGACGCAGUUAUCGUGGAUGGUAUCGAAACAUGGAGAGUUGGAAAGUGCGAAGGAGGCGGUUUCCUUACCCUUCGGAGCGGCGGCGUUGACCAAGAAAUUGCAAACGGCUAUCAACGCCACCGCUGUUGAAGCUACGGCGGCACAUAUUAGAGAGGAAUUCGAGAAGGCUGUGGCUUCUUUGCAGGUUCAUCCGGAACUUACUGUGAAGGCGGAGAAGGAAGGUGGGUAUACGCUAUACCUUUCCGGUGGGGGGUUCCGUGGUUUUGGAUAUCUACUUUUGGCGGAACACGAGGUUCAACCGUAUCCAAUUCCUAUAAUUAACGGGUUCUCGGCCAAAAGGGAGCAUUUUGUCAAAUUGGCAGAUAGGAUUGGAGUGGAGCUUUCCGGAGGACAGCAGGAAGAAUUGGCGGGGAAGUUCAGGAUAUCUGAGAGAAGGGCCUUGCAGGUCCCUGCCGUGGCGUUCCUGAUUAGGAAUUUAUUGAAGUGUUUACCGCAGAUAAAGGAUGUUGUGUUCUGCCAGGGAGGGGUUAGGGAAGGAUGUUUGUAUUCCACUUUGAGCAAAGAAGUCCGGAAGGCGAACCCUUUGGUGGUUUCUACGGAGGUCUAUAGAAGUCACGGAGCGGGUAAACUGGCGAGGGUUAUCAAUGAUGCUCUUCCGAAGAGUACACCCGAUGUACUUUGGAGAGAAAUCGUACCUGCGCUGGCGAACUUAUUAUACUUUCACCAGGGGAUACCGAAGGAAGGAAGGGCGGCUGCGGGUUUGCAUUUUACGACUACAGGGUUACUUGGUGGGGUUCACGGGUUGACGCACAAGGAACGGGCAUUACUGGGAUUGGUACUUUGUGCUCGAUGGGGUGGGGAGGUUGCCGAGUGGGGGUUUAGGGAAAGACUUGAGCGGGUAGUUGGCGAUGAGAUGGCUUGGUGGGCUAGAUAUGUUGGUGCUGUUGCUCAGGCCGUGGGGAUGGUCUUCCCGGUUGGGAUCCCUGGGGAGGAAAAAGGUGAUAAUACGGAUGGAAUUCAACCUUUGGAAAGAAGAGAUAGCAGUGGGAGUGGAAGUGAAAGUGGGAGCAGCGGGAGGAGGAGGAGGGCGAGUCUUAUGGAUGAUAAGAUUAGCUUCUUUGCUAGGGACACGGCUAGGAAAGAGAACUUGGAUUUGGUGCUGAAGGUUAGAGUAGUCAAAGAUGAUCCGAAUACUUCUGCUCUGAUGGUUAAGAAGGCGCUUGAUGAUAUCGAGAAAGUUGGCAAAAAGAAGAAUUGCAAGGGCUUCAGGAGAAAGGUUUCUGUUAUUUGGGAGACAGCAGAGUAA